AUGACUGGCGGCUUCCCUUUCAACCCGCAAGGGUCCUCCAGCAUCCAAGACGCCGAUGAUGGAUUCGACGACUUCCCCUCUGCCCUCGAGGCAAUGGACCAGGCCUUGGCUGAGAAGCAGCAGUCCGCGCAGGCCGCUCAGUCCUCUGCGCACGCACCCACCACCCACGCCGUGCUAGCCAAGCCCACUUCCACCCAUGCAGUUGCGAACUUCCCGGAUCCUGCCAUCUCCCAGGCCUCGAAUAUCCCUCACCCCUCCCUUGCCGUUUCGCAGGCUCCUGUCAUUUCCAAGGCUACACCUACCGCCGUCUCCACUCCUUCCCACGGCGUUAUUCCCACUCCUGUGCGGGGAAGCUCUGCUUCUUCUAGCGCAACUCCUACUCCCAGCGCAUCUGCUGCUGCUGGACCACUUGGCGGCCUUGUCAAGAACAUUCCCGUUGUCGGAGGUCUCGUUGGCGGUCCCCUGGCAGGCCUCGGUCUCCGUCGUUGA